AUGUGAAAAUAAACAUCUCUAUAAGUGUUUCAUAAACUAUUUUGAUUUUGCGUCCACGACAUUGUGGGCUUUAGUUCCACCGUGUGGCUGUUUGGUUAAAUUACGGUUAUUCAUUUGGGCCCGUCCAUUUUGUUAUGCCCUCUUCCAUUGAUAUGGCGGACAUGGAUGACGGAGACGACUCGAGUUUGGUUCAUACACAUACUGGCACUUCUGGGUCGAAAUCUGGAGGAGACAAAAUGUUUUCCUUGAAGAAAUGGAAUGCUGUAGCAAUGUGGAGCUGGGACGUCGAGUGCGAUACCUGCGCAAUUUGCAGAGUGCAAGUUAUGGAUGCCUGUCUGCGUUGUCAAGCCGAGAAUAAACAGGAGGACUGUGUCGUGGUGUGGGGAGAAUGUAACCACUCCUUUCACAACUGCUGUAUGUCUCUUUGGGUGAAGCAGAACAACCGCUGUCCUUUAUGCCAGCAAGACUGGGUGGUGCAAAGGAUUGGGAAGUGAAAAUACCGCCUACACCCGGACUGGAAAUGGAGGCGCCUCUUACCGCAUCUCUCCUGUAUGCCACACAGCUCUCCUGCCGCUGAACCAGUUUUCCCUGUGUGAGGGAGUGUGCCAGAACCCAGGCUUAUUGAAUCCACUCAGUUCAGGUCGCCGGGCUCCAUCCUGCCCCUUUCCCACUGCCGUGGGGUCAGGUGGUGGGGUGUCGGAGCUGAGUUUGUUCAUUAAGUUAUUAAAUGUUUUCUUUUGGGUGCACGAAUGUUGUUUUAACAUCAGAACGGACAUUAUUUGUCUUGUGUUUGAAUUAACCUGUUUUGUGUACAGAGCAACAUGCUAGUCAAUUAUGAUGUAAUAAAAUAAUUUCAAUA